AUGUAUAUACUUCCAAUUGAGCAAAUAAUUGCCUUCAUCUUGAAACAUUCUAUCUCAUUACUUCUUUGUUUCCUCUUCACUAUCUUUGUUGUCAAAUGGCGAAAUUCCACUUCAAACCCCUCACAAAACCUUCCCCCUUCCCCUCCAAAGCUUCCCAUAAUCGGAAACCUUCAUCAACUCGGUUCAAUCCCUCAACGCUCUCUGAAAUCAUUAGCUCAAAAAUACGGUUCCCCAAUGCUGCUUCAUCUAGGCAGUAAGCCAGUGUUAAUUAUCUCCUCCCCUGAUGCAGCUGAAGAAGUCAUGAAAACACAUGAUUUAAUAUUUGCCAAUAGGCCUAAAGCAGGCUUUGCUGGAAGGCUUCUCUACAAUUUCAAGGACAUAACGUUUGCUCCCUAUGGUGAGUAUUGGAGGCAGAUAAGAAGCAUUUGUGUACUGCAGCUUCUAAGUCACAAGAGGGUUCAGUCAUUUCGAAGCAUAAGGGAAGAAGAGAUUGCACUAAUGUUGGAAACAAUUAGAGAAUCUUGUGCUUCGUCUUCAGUAAUACAUAUAAACAAAAUUUUGGCAACACUUACGAACAAUAUAGUUUCGAGAGUUGCCAUUGGGAAAAGGUAUUCGGGAGAGGAAAGUGGGAGCAGGUUUCAGGAACUCUUUGUGGAAUUUACCAUGUUGUUGGGUGUUUUCAACGUUGGAGAUUACAUCCCAUGGCUUGCAUGGAUAAAUAAUAUCAAUGGCUUGGAAGCAAAGGUGAAAAAAGUGGCCAAAGAUUUCGAUGAAUAUUUGGAAAAACUUCUUGAGGAGGGAGUGAAGAAGCAGGACAAAAGAGGAAACAAUAAUGGUGGUGAUGAGAAACAGCAGGAGAAUCUUGUUGAUGUUUUGCUUGAAAUCCAGGGAACUGAUGCCACCAGUUUCGCUCUUGAGCGAGAUUCCCUCAAAGCCAUCAUCAUGGACAUGUUUGUUGGUGGAACUGAUACUACAUCAUCGCUGCUGGAGUGGGCAAUUUCAGAAUUAUUAAGAAACACAAAUGCCAUGCAACAAUUGCAAAAAGAAGUGAGACAAUUCUUGGGAAGCAAAUCAUGCAUCCAGGAAGAUGAUUUAGAGAAUCUCCAUUACCUAAAAGCAGUAAUAAAAGAGGCUCUUCGUUUGCAUCCACCAGUUCCAUUACUUGUUCCUCGUGAAUCAAGCAAGGCAGUCAAAUUGAUGGGAUACGAUGUAGCUGCCGGCACUCAAGUGAUUAUCAAUGCUUGGGCGAUCGGAAGGGACCCAAAAUUGUGGGAAGCUGCAGAGGAAUUUCAGCCAGAGAGGUUCUUGAAUAGCUCUUUGGACAUUAAAGGGCAAAAUUUUGAGUACAUCCCAUUUGGUUCUGGGAGAAGGAGCUGCCCCGGUUCUGCAUUUGCUAUGGUUACAGCUGAACUUGCACUUGCAAAUUUGAUGUGCAACUUUGAUUUUCAAUUGGCUGGUGGAGCAAGACCAGAAGAUUUGGAUAUGACUGAAGCACAUGGGAUCGUUACACCAAGGAAAGUCCCACUUCUGCUAGUUGCAAGUCUACCUAAUUAGGCACUUCAAGAUCCAAGACACCAUGUUGGUAGAUAUGUGUAUAUUAUUCUAUCUUGUCACAACUUUAAAUUUGAGAUGGAG